CUCACAACUCCACAGCCUUCAUGUCUGACAGGGGGAAUGAGAAGAAAGAAGAAACUCACUGACUGACGCCUUUUCUGAAUCUGACGCAGCAGGGAACUUUUUGUCCAUGUCACCAGCAAACCUGAGACCAGGACACCUCUAUCAGCCUGUAGCGCAACUGUUUGCCUUUUCCACGGAUUAAUUUAACCACACCAGGAUUCGAUAGCCUGGUUAUGGAUUUUAACCUGCUGACGGACAGCGAAGCCCGCAGCCCGGCGCUGUCGCUCUCCGACUCUGGGACCCCGCAGCACGAGCAGGGAUGUAAAGGCCAGGACAACAGUGAUACUGAGAAAUGCCACCACAACCAGCUGGAUGACUCCAGCGCCGAGGACAGUUCUCUGAAGAAGAAGCAGCGGCGGCAGAGGACUCACUUUACGAGCCAACAGCUCCAGGAGCUGGAGGCCACCUUUCAGAGGAACCGCUACCCCGACAUGAGCACCAGAGAGGAGAUUGCAGUGUGGACAAACCUCACCGAGGCCCGGGUCAGGGUAUGGUUCAAGAAUCGCCGUGCUAAGUGGAGAAAGCGAGAGAGGAACCAACAGGCAGAGUUAUGCAAAAAUGGCUUUGGUUCCCAGUUCAAUGGACUCAUGCAGCCCUAUGAUGACAUGUACACAGGCUACUCCUACAACAACUGGGCCACCAAGAGCCUAGCAAGCAGCCCGCUCUCUGCCAAGAGCUUUCCAUUCUUUAACUCAAUGAAUGUAAGCCCCCUAUCAUCCCAGCCCAUGUUCUCUCCCCAAAGCUCAAUCCCCUCCAUGAACAUGGCCUCGAGCAUGGUGCCUUCAGCGGUGGCCGGGGUUCCCUCAACGGGGCUUAACAACUUGGGCAACCUCAACAAUCUCAACAGUCCCACAGCGCUCAACUCCGUAGCGGUGACCUCGGCCACAUGCCCCUAUGCCACCACAGCCAGUCCCUACAUGUACAGAGACACCUGCAACUCUAGCCUGGCCAGUCUGCGGCUCAAGGCCAAGCAGCACACCAACUUUGCUUAUCCGACAGCGCAGAACCCUGUGUCCAACCUGAGCCCCUGCCAAUAUGCUGUUGACCGGCCGGUAUGAAGAAGAUGCUCCAAUGAAGACCCCUGACCUAAUUUACCAGCUGUAAGUCAUUUAUUACCCCACUUCCCGACUCUUUACAUCAUCUCUCAACUGCUAGAUGUGCUGCAGACGAGCACAUCAAGUUUUGAUGGUGUGUAAUGGGUGUUAUCUUACAAAACUGAAACGACAAACAGACAUGCCCAGAUGGACCACCGCAAUUCAAUUCAUUUUUUCCAGUUUGUGAGUCUGUGUCGGUGAACUGACCAACUGCUUUAAAGGAUUUCGAAAGAUUAUAACCAUAUCAUUUUUUCCCUUUUUUAACUGCAUGAUAGGAGUAAAUGUAGAAACCAAGUGUAAAAAAACAUGGAUGCUUCAACAUCUUGGCCCAAAAUCAUCAAAAGGGAUCUUUUCUGCCAUUGCAGGUAAAGGGACCUGUGGUUGUAAUGUACGAGAAAUGGAGAAUGUAUAUAUUGGACUUUUUUGUUUUGUAUGUGCCGAAAAAAUAUAUGAAAAGUAGUAGAUGAGAAAAGAUGAGAAAAGCAUGUUUUUCAAAAGCAAAGACCAUAAAUCUGUGUACAAUGAGCACAUCCUUUUAGGAACUUUGUUGUGACUUAUUCUCCCCAUGGAAGGUCAAACUUCAUCUUGGAUGGACAAGAGGAGGGCAGUCCUGACCACAAUGUCAAGCAUACCACAUAAAGAAUAUCACAUUCGUCAAGUCAAUUUCUGAAAAGCCAUUGAGUAUAUAGAUUUGUGUGGUGUUUUGCAAAAAAAAGGAGUCCUUGACUGUAAAAAUGUAUGUAAGAGUGCAGUUGUCAUAACAUCUUUUUCCUGGUAUAGCCUGCUUUGUCUCAUUAAAGAACCAAUUAAAAUAUUUGUUUUUAUCAA